CCAAUUCACGUCCCUGAGUUUGUUAUUUUUUACUUUUUUUUUUCUCUUUUAAACCAAAAAAAUAAAGGAAAUAAAAGAUUCUUGAUGGCACGGCUUCGGAUUCUUACUUGAUUUAUUAGUUUUAUUUUUUUAAAAUCCGUGAUCUUUUUUAUUAAAGGAGGUGCUUAUUUGGAUUCGAAGUGGAUAUCCCAGAUUGGUGGUGUUGUUGAUAUCAUGUGCUCUCUUUACUUUUCUGCUGUUUGGAAAAACCAAAGACUUUGGAGAGUGGUGAAACAGUAUAAAGAGUAAAAUAAGGAUUAAGCAGCCGAGAAGAGCUGGACUUAAGAGGGAUUUGGGGCAGAUAAUUAAGAAUUAAUGCAUCGGAGAGCAAUUAAGAGAAGUUGAAAAAAUGAUACCUUCAUCAGAAUCCCUUGCUGCUAAUGAUUAUUCACUCACUGUUUUUUCUUCUAAAGUUGAUGCUGCUGAGAAAAAGCCAGAUACGAGGAAUAUAGAAGAAGCUGAAUUGUCUCUGCGUGAAAGUAGUUCACUUAAUUAUGAGGAAGCUAGAGCAUUGCUAGGAAGAAUCGAAUAUCAGAAAGGAAAUAUAGAAGCUGCACUACAUGUUUUUGAAGGAAUAGAUAUUGCAGGAAUAACUCCCAAAAUGAAACUCACCCUUGCUAAAAGAGUUGAUCGACGUAAGAGACGUUCUAAUGACGAUGCUUCUCCGUCAAUGUCUAUACAUGCUGUUAGUUUACUACUAGAAGCAAUCUUUCUAAAAGCAAAAUCAUUGCAGCAUCUCCAGAGGUUUAGAGAAGCUGCUCAAAGUUGCACAAUCAUUCUGGACAUUGUUGAAUCUUCUUUACCAGAAGGCUUGCCUGAAAACUUCGGUUCUGACUGUAAAUUGCAGGAAACUCUAAUGAAGGCAGUCGAGCUGCUUCCAGAAUUAUGGAAAUUUGGUGAUUCCCCACAUGAAGCAAUCUUGUCCUACCGGCGGGCUCUCUUCCAUCAGUGGAAUCUUGAUGCUGAAACUACUGCGAGGAUUCAAAAACAGUUUGCCAUUUUUCUUCUGUAUUGUGGAGGUGAAGCAAGCGCCCCAAACCUCCGCAGCCAAAUGGACAGUUCAUUUGUCCCUAGGAAUAACAUAGAAGAAGCUGUACUCCUAUUAUUGAUACUAUUAAGAAAAGUUUCUUUGAAAAGAAUCGAGUGGGAUCCGUCAAUUCUGGAUCAUCUGUCAUUUGCUCUCUCUAUGUGUGGGGGUCUGAGAGCUCUGGCUAACCAAUUAGAAGAACUGCUUCCAGGGGUUAUUAAUCGCAAAGAAAGAUAUGAACUUCUAGCUCUCUGUUAUUACGGUGCAGGUGAGGAUUCGAUUGCAUUGAAUCUACUACGGAAGUUGUUGCAUAGUAGUGAGGAUCCACAUUGUGUUCCUGCAUUGUUAAUGGCAUCAACAAUUUGCGGAGAGAAAUCUAAUCUUGCAGAAGAAGGGAUUGAUUUUGCUCGUAGGGCUCUUGAAAGUCUGGAUGACGAAUGCAGUGAGUUGGAAGGUGCUUGUAACCUUUUAUUGGGUGUGGCUCAAGCGACACAUUCAAAAUCAGCCUUAUCUGAUUCUGAGAGGGUUUCCAGACAGUCCAAGGCCCUUCAGGCCUUGGAAAGUGCUUGGAAAAUUACAAGUAUGAAAGACCCUAAUAUUCUUUAUUAUCUCAGUCUAGAAAACGCUGAGCAGAGAAAGUUGGAAGCUGCACUUUAUUAUGCAAAGUUUUUGCUAAAACUAGAAGGUGGUUCUAACAUCAAGGGGUGGUUGUUGUUGGCUCGCAUAUUGUCAGCUCAAAAACGUUUCGUGGAUGGUGAAACCGUUCUCAAUGCUGCCUUGGAUCAAACCGGCAAAUGGGAUCAGGGGGAAUUAUUGCGUACCAAAGCUAAGGUACAAAUCGUUCAGGGACAGUUCAAGAGCGCUAUUGAGACAUAUAGUCAUAUUCUUGCUGUUGUUCAAGUGCAGAGUAAAAGCUUUGGUUCUGGCAAAAGGCUUCAUAAGGAUCGUUCUUUGAGAAGUUUUGAACUGGAGAUAUGGCAUGAUCUAGCUUAUCUAUACAUAAGUUUGUCACAGUUUCGAGAUGCUGAGAUCUGCCUUUCAAAAUCCAAGGCCAUCAAUUCCUACUCUGCUGUUAGAAUUCAUGCCACUGGUUUACUUUACGAGAGAAAAGGCUUAUUGAAAGAAGCUUUGAAGGCUUACUGGAAUGCUUUGGACAUGGACCCGAAUCAUGCCCCAAGCUUGAUAUCCGCAGCCGUAGUGAUGAAACAAGUUGGCUGCCAAUCCAGCACGGUUGUGAAAAGCUUGUUGAUGAAUGCUCUCCGAGUUGAUAGAAUGAAUCCGUCGGCAUGGUAUAAUCUUGCUCUUAUUCACAAAGACGAAGACACUCCGUCGUCACUACACGAAGCAGCUCAAUGCUUCGAGGCUGCUGCUGUUCUGGAAGACUCAGCGCCCGUGGAGCCAUUCAGAUAACAUAAAUCUCCUCGGCCUGCCCAUUUUCUGUAAAUCAUUACAUGUUUCUACACAUUUUGUCUUGAAAGUUGUGUUCUAUGUUCUUCAUAUAUAAAUAUAAUACGAAUAGCAAUAUGGUAUAAAUGUUUUUUCCUCCUUGAUUUGAUAGAGUUAUAAUUCCAUUGUAGCCCUGAUUCUGGGGAAGAUAUUUCGGGACA